UUUUUUUUUUUUACUCUAACCUCCCCAAUAUCAUCUCCCCCAGAUGACACUGCUGAACAUGGAGAAUAUUUUCUUUGAUCAGGGCUGCGAGCUGUAAGUUCAAUCCUGAGAAGAUCAGAGACCAGUGGAGGGAAUGGCAGACAUUCUGGAGCUGCGCACGGACGGAAACUCGCUCCUGAAGGCGGUGUGGCUGAAACGCCUGCGGCUCACGAGGCUCCUGCUGGAAGGAGGCGCGUACAUCAACGAGAGCAACGAGCGCGGAGAGACGCCACUCAUGGUGGCCUGCAUGUCGACACACACCGACCAGCAGAGCGUGAGCAAGUCCAAGCUGGUCAAAUAUCUGCUGGAUAACCAAGCAGACCCCAACAUACAGGAUAAAGCAGGCAGGACAGCCCUGAUGCACGCCUGCAUCCACAAGGCUGGACAUGAAGUGGUGGAUCACCUGCUGAGCAACAGCGCUGAUCCCAGUCUGGAGGACCGGAGUGGCGCCUCCGCUCUGGUUUAUGCCAUCAAUGCAGACGAUAAGGAGACACUAAAAUUACUUUUGGAUGCGUGCAAAGCUAAAGGGAAAGAGGUUAUCAUAAUCACUACAGACAAGUCGCCGUGUGGCACCAAAACUACCAAGCAGUACCUAAAUGUUCCUCCAUCUCCAGAGCUGGUUGAGAGGCCUUCCACCGAAUACUGCACCUCUCCUUCUGAUGUUGAGGUUAGCGAGUCUCCAGCAACUCAGCAAGAGAAACAAAACACGGUCUUCAGUUUCCAAACGAAGCUAAAAUCCUCGAGCACAGCUGCAAAGCUCACCAACGGGCCCAUGUCUCCAAAUCGACGGCCUGCGAACACCAAACGCGCACGCUUGCCUCAGCUUAAGCGGCUGCAGUCAGAGCCCUGGGGGCUGAUCGCUCCCUCCGUCCUGGCUGCGGCCGCGGCCCAUGAGGAGAGCAAGAAAGCCAGCUCUGACGAGGACGUUGUUGCAGGUGUGAACGGCCUCUCCCUGAGUAAGAGGUCAGCUUUGUCCCGACAGAACAGCACGGAUGGGAAGGACGGCCUGCUCCCGCCAGUGGGCGAGCAGCCCUGCAAAAUGACCACCUCGUUAUCAGUUCCUCCAACAUCCAAGCAGUCGUACGAGAGAUCCCUCGGCCAGCACCAGCCGCUGGCCCGCCGCAGCACGGUUCCCACGGAGCAGGAGAGCAGCGGCUCCAGCGGUGGACCGGUCAGUCUGAGAGACACGGUGCAGAGGAGACGUCUGGGAAAUGAUCACUAUGACUCAGACUCGCAGCUCUAUUCUGACUCCGCCAUGUUAGACUCUCCGAAAGUCCCCGUGGAGCGAAGGAAACUGAACACUUCCCCACUUGCGUUGCUUACCAGUUCCAGAGAGUCCCUCGACAGCAACACAUCCUCGCCCAGCACGUCACGAAGGCGUGCGCCUGGCCUCCUGGAGCGGAGAGGCUCGGGUACGUUACUGUUGGACUACAUCUCCCACACCAGACCCGGAAUCCUGCCUCCUCUAAAUAUCAACCCAAACCCUCCCAUUCCUGAUAUCGGGGCUAGUAACAAACCCUCCUCGCCUCUGUCCACAGGUGUUAAAUCCAUAGCUCCAGUAGCACCAAACACACCAAAGAGAGGAGGCCUCAAGCCCAAGAAGAAGCUUGUGAGAAGGCACUCUAUGCAAGUGGAGCAGAUGAAACAGCUCUCGGCCUUUGACGAACCUGCUCAUUAGUUAGUAGUUUCAUUAAUUCAGCAAAUACUGUGGCAGUAGAAAUGUAUACAACAUUACUAGUCAGGAAGUACAUCCAUAGGUUCAGUUGUGUGGACACGCAGCUGUCUAGAUGUUGAAUAAUAUAUAAUUUAUUACAAAAAAAACAUAUUAAAACUGAGCAAUAUAGAUAGAUUUCUUCCCCGUGUUGUACCCAACCCUAAAGGCAUAGCUCAUACAUUAAGAGGGGUUUUGUGCUACGAUCAGUUAAUAUCUUACCUGUUGUAGAUCUCUACACAACCAUUAUUUGGAGAAAAAAUGUUUAAUUGUGAUCAGAUUGGUGUGCUAAAGACCAGUUGAAGUGGGGCCAAGAAAAAUGUGGAUUUACUGCCAUCUUAAGAAAAGGAGAAAAAAAAAAAGUUAUAUGUCCAAAUAGUAUUUUAUACAAUUUUAAACAGAUGCUAAUUUCUCAUUACAUGGUUAUUUUUGCAAAAAUGAUAUGAUUUUUGUUGCUAAAAGUGCCACAGGCUGCAUCAGAAAUGUGACAGUAGUUCAGUGGUAGGGAGGUUGUAUUUUGGUCAGAGGCUGGAUCUUCAAUCAUGUGCUGAAGUAUCCUUAGGCAGGACAAUAAACCUCCCACCAGCUCCACACUGUGACCAGUACUGCUUAUCUGUGUAUUACUGACAAUAUAAAAAGUGCUGUACAUAGAAUUAAAAUAUAGAACAGAAAGAACUGAAAGUGUGUUAUUAUAAAAUGCUUUACAACAGAGAUCCACAACCCUGUUCCACAUGGCUCACUGUCUUGCAUAUUUUAGCCGUUUUCCUGCUUCAACACACCUGAAUAAAAAAAUUUGAUUGACCUAUUCAGAAUGUCAACAAGUGUAGCAGAAGCCUUAACUUUACUCAGGUGGGCUGAAGAAGGGAAACAUUGAAAACAUGCAGAACAGCCAUGAGAAUCAGGGUUAGGGACAUUUGCUUUAGAGGACCUAUACAUAUAGACUAUUUUAUUCAAUCUAAAAUUUCAAAUAACUGAUUUUUUUACGAAUAACUAUGAAAUGUGAACAUUUUUUUUAGAUUGGAGUUGUUUGAAUUAAGCAGGAAUCUAUUUUGUUCCUGGCCCCACUUGAUUAGUCAGAAUUAAACUUGAUUUUUUCCAAAUUGAAGUCAUUCAAAAAAGCUAUCUACAACAGGUGAGAUAUUAACUGCUCACAAAACCCCACUUCAAAAUUUUUGAACUGCUCCUUUUAAAGGUUGUUAUAUUUAGACUUUGCAACGUUURUUGUAUAUUUAUUAUUUUUUGAAUGUAAAUGCCAAGAGUGGUACUUCUUCUCCAAACCGUCUGUCUUACACAAUCAUGUAGGGAACAUACAGGGUUCAUUUAUAUCCAAGCAGGCCACUUGGGUGCACUUUGUGCAUAUGUAAUUAGCACCAUUAAUAGACUUUAUCUGGGAGAGACAAAGAAGUGAUGCGCUUGUCUGAGAUGUAGCUUUGAGUGGAAUAAUAUUUGACUGUUUGCAGCAAUUUUGUACAAAGUGCCUUCAAGAAAAAAACAACUAAAAAAGUUGAGAAAAGGAGCGUAGACGUGUUUUAUUAGUGCCAUUUUAAUUCAUGUUGAUGUAAUCAACAUGUUUUAACAUUGUUUCUCUAACAUAAAACAAAAUAAAAGCUAUUGAUGAUUGAACAUGAUGUGAAUUAUUAUUAUGUCUUUAUGAUCCUAACAAUAAAAAUACAUAAACUCAGCAAAGCUCAUAAUUCUUAAAGGGGCAAUAUUAUGUGUUUCUCAGGCAUACA